AACAAAGCCUCCCAAUACCAAAGCCUGUUAUUAGGGCCGCAUUCCCGCCAACUGUCAAAAACCCUAACCCUCAUACACUCCAUAUAAACCCUAACCCCCAAUUUUCUCACCCUCACAUUUUCUUCACAAAUUACCCAUCAAUGGAGCCUCAAGCCGUGAAAUCAAACCUCAUCCUCAUCCUCGAUUACGGUUCCCAGUACACCCACUUAAUCACCCGUCGAAUCCGAAGCUUAUCCAUCUUCUCCCUCUGCAUUUCCGGCACAUCUUCACUCAAAUCCAUAACCGACUUAAACCCAUCUGUAAUCAUCCUCUCCGGUGGGCCCCACUCCGUCCACGCGCACAACGCGCCUUCUUUUCCAGAUGGGUUUGUUGAAUAUGUUGAGAAAAAUGGGAUCUUUGUGUUGGGGAUAUGUUAUGGGUUGCAGUUGAUUGUGCAGAAGUUGGGUGGGGAAGUGGGUGUUGGGGAGAAGCAGGAGUAUGGGAGGAUGGUGAUUGAGGUUGUUAAGGAUUGUGGUGGGUUAUUUGGGGGGAAGAAGGUUGGUGAUAAGCAGGUUGUUUGGAUGAGUCAUGGUGAUGAAGCGGUUAAGUUGCCCGUCGGGUUCGAGGUGGUUGCGAGGAGCGAACAGGGUGGGAUUGCUGCAGUUGAGAAUCCGGGUAGGCGGUUUUAUGGGCUGCAGUAUCACCCGGAGGUGACACAUUCACCGGAGGGAAUGGAACUAUUGCGUCACUUUCUUUUCGAUAUCUGUGGGGUGACAGCGGGAUGGAAGAUGGAAGAUGUAAUGGAAGAAGAAAUAAAAGUGAUCAAGUCGAUGGUGGGCCCUGACGAUCAUGUUAUAUGUGCGUUAUCCGGUGGUGUAGAUUCAACCGUCGCAGCCACUCUUGUUCACAAAGCCAUUGGUGAUAGGCUGCACUGUAUCUUUGUUGAUAACGGUCUGUUAAGAUACAAAGAACAAGAACGAGUGAUGGGAACCUUUGAAAAAGAUCUUCAUCUUCCCGUUACUUGUGUUGAUGCUUCGGUGCAGUUUCUUAGCGAGUUGAAAGGCGUUACGGAUCCCGAGAAAAAGAGGAAGAUUAUCGGGAAGGAGUUUAUAUCAGUUUUUGAUGCAUUUUCUCAUGAUUUGGAGAAAAAGUUGGGAAAGAAACCAACGUAUUUGGUUCAAGGAACUUUGUAUCCGGAUGUGAUCGAAUCUUGCCCGCCACCCGGGAGUGGUAGAACCCAUUCCCACACAAUUAAAAGCCAUCAUAACGUCGGCGGGCUUCCGAAAGACAUGAAGUUGAAGCUCAUUGAACCCCUUAAGCUUCUAUUCAAGGACGAGGUUCGUGAGCUUGGAAAGAUUUUAGAUGUUCCGGUGGGGUUUUUGAAGCGGCAUCCGUUCCCGGGCCCCGGACUUGCUGUGAGAAUUCCGGGUGAUGUAACUCAAGGAAACGCGCUGGAUAUUCUUCGUCAGGUGGAUGAAAUAUUUAUUCAAGCAAUAAAGGAUGCGGGGAUAUAUGAUGAAAUAUGGCAGGCGUUUGCUGUGUUUUUGCCGAUAAAAACAACGGGUGUUCAAGGAGAUCAGAGGACUCAUUCUAAUGCUGUUGCACUUAGAGCUGUCACCAGUCAAGACGGCAUGACUGCAGACUGGUACUACUUUGAGCAUAAGUUUUUGGAUGAUGUAUCAAGAAAAAUCUGCAACAGUGUUCGUGGGGUGAACCGAGUUUGCUUGGACAUCACAUCCAAGCCGCCAUCGACAAUUGAAUGGGAAUGAUUCUUAGUGUAUCAUAUGCUUGACUUUACACAAAAGUCAACAUCUAGGCAAACCUUGUGAAAUUAGAAAGGUUUUUGAUGCAGGUCAUGAAUUUUGUCAUUGGGAAUGUAGUGACAUUCUAUGUUUGUCUUUUUGUUUUAUAUGAUCAUAAUCUUUCCCUUCUUGCUUUA